AGAGACCGAAGAUCCAUCCUAAUGUAUUUCUUAUCUUCCAUUUCCACAGAAAUUUACAAAGAAGAAUGGUUGCAGGAAAUCAUUCUACAGCAUCCAGUUUUGUCUUAGAAGGUUUAACCCAGUUGCCAGAGCUCCAGCUGCCUUUCUUCCUCCUGUUCUUGGGAAUCUAUGUGGUGACAGUGGUGGGGAACCUGGGCUUGAUUCUCCUGAUUGCAGUAAGCCCUUUGCUUCACACCCCUAUGUACCACUUCCUCGGUAACUUGUCCUUCAUUGAUCUUUGCUAUUCCUCUGUCAUUACCCCUAAAAUGCUGGUAAACUUCCUAGGGAAGAAGAAUAUAAUCCUUUACUCCGAGUGCAUGGCACAGCUCUUUUUCUUUGUGGUCUUUGUGGUGGCUGAGGGUUACCUCCUGACUGCAAUGGCAUAUGAUCGCUAUGUUGCUAUCUGCAGCCCACUGCUCUACAAUGUGAUCAUGCACUUUUGGGUCUGCUGUCUGCUUGUGCUGGUUGCAUUCAUCCUGGGCUUUCUCUCUGCCUUGGCCCAUACAAGUGCCAUGAUGAAACUGUCCUUCUGCAAGUCCCACAUCAUCAGACAUUACUUCUGUGACGUCCUUCUUCUCCUCAAUCUGUCCUGCUCCAAUACACACCUCAGUGAGCUUCUGCUUUUCGUCAUUGCAGGAUUUAACACCUUGGUGCCCACCCUAGCUGUCUUCAUUUCCUAUGCCUUCAUCUUCUACAGCAUCCUUCACAUCCGAUCCUCGGAGGGCCGAUCCAAGGCUUUUGGCACUUGCAGCUCUCACCUCAUGGCUGUGGGGAUAUUCUUUGGGUCUAUCACAUUCAUGUAUUUCAAACCCCCUUCCAGUAACUCCCUGGAACAGGAAAAGGUGUCCUCAGUGUUUUAUACCACAGUGAUCCCCAUGCUGAACCCAUUAAUAUACAGUCUGAGGAACAAGGAUGUGAAGAAGGCAUUGAGGAAGGUUUGGGUUAGGAAAUGAUUCUUGCUUUUGGAGUCUUAUA